UUCUUUGUUUGUAUGUUUUUCACUUUCUGUCUUUGAUGGGUUUGUAGCGGUGACGUGCUGUAUGGCACUUGCCACGUCGACUGCUGGAUGCGCUCCUGGUCGCUGGAAUUUACACCUUUCCCCCAGUCUCCCGGUCUGGCAGCGCGGUGGCUAAUUGUCAGCCGCUGUUGUUAAUUGGAAGCAGACUUCUGCGCUUGGGAAGACAUACCGCUGCUUGGGUGUGAGCUGCUUUCAUUCCCUUUUUACUCCACAGUAAUCUCCCUUCACCUUCACCUACAAGAGUCAAGGUUGUCCGACAUUGUCUGGGCUUUGAUGCAGGCCAUUUCUUUUUUUAUUUGAACUUCUCAAGAGACUGGAAGAAACAGAAAUUUCUGGUGAGUCUACACUGUCCCUUGUGUGGAUAUCUCGUGGCUUCCCUCACACAUGAGCGAGCUCACAAGAAUAAACGCAUUUUCAGACGUGCGCAACGAAGUGAAGAACCUAAGCAGUGUUCAUGUAGGAUAGAUGAAUAGUUGAUUAAAUGACGUUUUUGCUGGUUCCCGUUCUCGCGAAAGUCUCGUGUGGCACGAGAUUCUGUGAGACAAACCGCAAAUUAACGGGACGUUGUCGAUAUUUAAAGGUGGUCGUUGCAAAAUCAUUUCAUAUUCGCUGUGUAUCUCUCACUCUCUUCUUUCUUUCUUCCUUUCUUUGUUUCUUUCUUUCUUUCCUUCUUUUUCUCACACAAACACACUUUUUGAUGUUACAAUUCAUUUUUCCUAGCAAAAAAAAAAAAAAAAAAAAAAACGCGAAAAAUUUGAAAUAAUAAUAAUUUCUGGAAACUGUGUUCUGGCGAAGGUUGAGACUCAGAACAUAAAGAUGGGCCGCUCAGGGUGAAGGUAAGGAUAUCCGACAUUGAGUUACGAGCUAAAUACACAGUGCCGCGCCAGCCCUCGUUAGACAGGAAGAAGAGGACAGGAAGAACAACAGGAAGAAAGCGAUGAAAGCAAAUGACAGCAAAGGUUACUUGUUCACACCCGUUAGGUACAGAGCCAGUGAACGCACGCACCUUUGUAAUCGUCCUACCAUUCAGAAAUCCUUCCAUCCACAUUGCAGCUGGCUUACACUUCUAUGACAAAUAGUUUUGUUUUCGCGUUUCAGACAACUUCAGCAUUUUUAAUGUUUUCCAAGGUAAGGUUUGUGUGGCAUGUAAAUUAUUCUAAAACUUACAAUAGGAAAGACAUGUAGUAGCUGAUAACUUAGUCAUAUUAUAGGUCAAUUAUUCCUUUAGUUUUUAUUCUCUUGUCUUGCCGUCUUGCUACCAGAUUCUGAGUGAUUGAAUUUUACUUAUGUUAUUAAACAAGGCAAAAUUAAAAAAAGUAAUUAGUACAGCUUCUAAACCCCUGGAUAGACAAGCAUCGAAUAAAGAAACUUCAACAGUCUCGCAAGAAAAGUGAAAGAACUGAAAGAAAGAAAAAAAAAAAAACAAUAACAGCACACUCUCAUCAUGCUCCUCUCAUCACACGCUCAGGCAUGUACUGCUACAUGUCGUUGUCAUCUUUAACAUCACCACCUUCAUCAUCGUUACCAGCAACAGAAGCAAGCUUUUCACACCCCAAGCCUACAACCCAUUAAUCAAGAAAAUGAAGGUGAUUUCCAACUACUUCCGUUCAUGCACGAGCGCAUCACAUUCGGCAUGCAACCUUGCCCCGCGCUGCUCCAACAAAAAAAAAAAAGCUUUAAUUGGAACUAGAAUAAUAGAAGAUUCUGUUCCUUCAAGGACGGUUGCGGGCAGGAGGAGGGUAAAACGGUGGAAUAGGGGAUGGGUGGAGGGAAGUAAAAGGAGGGAGAGUGGAAGGAAGGAGGUGGGGAACCUUCAGACGGCAGAAUUCCAGAAACCAGAAGAAAAGAUACACUGUGACUGCCGCGCCGGUGAAAAAUGUGGAGGUGGUGCUGCCACGGUCAGACCUAUCUCAACCGAUUAGAUAGUGAUUCCCUGAAAAAUGACACUAGGGUGCCGGGUACACACGCUCUCUCUCUCUUUCUUUCUCUCGGUCUUUCUCUCUUCCCCCUCGUAUCUCAUCCAAAUUCAGAUAGACUCUUCCGCGCACUAAACUUCCCCCUUCAGCCACAAACCCUUUUCUAUUUUUUUGGCCGGUCCUUGCCAUCCUUUACCGUAACUGCCGAGACCUCACCCUUGUCUGAUGCACUAAACAAUAUGCACACUUCCCAUCUUCUUCUAAGCUCGCUCUAAUUCCUGGUUUCCUUCAGGUGUAAGCGCUUCCGUCGACUCAGCCGCCCUGCUGCUUGGCGGUGGAACCUCUGGGAGGAGAGUUAAGCUCGCGAAAUAAUCGCCGCAACUCCUGCGUGUGUGUGUUCAAGAGGGAGGAGGAGACUUCUGUCCUCUGACCAUCUUCUCCCUGACGACCUGCCAGCAGAUUUUUGAUCCUGCACUUGGUUGUUCUGGUCGCCGGAUGGGUCAGUAGUCUUCCAACCAGACCGUGAAAAAAAAUGUGUUCCCGCUAGGAUUUGAAACAGAUCGCUGUGGUCUGUGGCAGCGCCUUCAGGAUGUGUUGCUGGCAGACUAAGAAACUGUGGUUGUAGCUGUGGCGACCAUAGGCUGUGUUUCAAUCAGGCCAAGAAACUUGUGAUUGUGGUGUGUUGCUGCAGUGACUGUGGUCCUUGUUCCUUCUAGGUAAAACAAAGGAUAACUUUCAGAAUGUGUUCCUGAUGGACCAAUAACUGUCCACCUCGUAGAUUGUAGUUUAUAGACUGUGCUUCUGAAAAACCAAGAAACUGUUGAAACCCUCUUAGAAGUUCUGAAAUUCCAAGAAACCGAUGAUCACAACAUCACUGCAAUGUUCCUCGGAGAUCAAGAAACUUCUUACACCGCCUGUGGAUCGUACAGAGAAGCCGCAUGUCUUCAAGACCACGACCCUUAGCUUAGAGAACCCCUCCAAGCACAGACUGUGUGAGUGCCAGAGGACAAAGAGGAGAGAGGGAGGAGAGAAGCCGAUGCCACCUCGAAACCGGAACCGCUGCCGCCUGUCCCUUUCUUCCUCAAGGAUCGUGGCAUUUCUGAAGCCUGCUUUUCUGUCAAGCCAGGAACCUGGUCAGUGUAACCGCUAUCUGAAGUAUCAGUAACUACCGCCACGAGAUAGGCUUCACUCACUGUCCGGUGCCAGCGACACCGCCUGCCUGCAGCUGUUGUUGUUGUGAUUCAAGGUACCCAAGACUCUGGAAUCGAUCUGGUCAGGUGACAUCGUUCUUGCUUCGAGUCCAAGUCCCUGUUGUGACAAACCUCGUCCUCACAGUGCGAGGUGGAUGACUGCUUCUGUAGGAGUCGGCGUGAAAGAAGUUGUCAAGCGGGGCAAACGAGUGGGGCGGAGUCAGCGGCGGGCCAGCAGCGAGGCUCCGCGCGUGAGGGCUGCUAAUUAGCCUGCUUUUCAUUGGAUGACUGACAGCUGACGUCACGGCGCAGGCGCGGAGUGAGCGAGUGGUUAGUCGGGCUCAGCGCGGGAGGGAGCCCACAAGCGACAGCGCGCAGUGCGAGCGAGUCACGAGGGACGGAGCCGCCAGCAGUUGCAACUCCGCCAGCGAUUGGGUGUAGCAUCGCCACCCCUUUCCCCUUUCCCUCCCCGAGUUCCCCCCCCUCUCCCCUGGCUCGCACCCGUAAAGAGUCAGGCCCUAAACCAACUACAAAAGCAACUGGCGGAAAAGGGGGGAGUCUGAAUGCCUGUUCUCUCGCUGGCAGUCAGCAUUGUUAUCUUUCGGUGAGGAUGGUUGUAGGAAGCAAACGCCAGUUGUAGUCGCACCUGCGAGCUUGUGGAGGGAACCUUCUGCCGAGAGUCGAGACAGUGCCGUGCAUACAUUCCUCCUCCUCAACGGACAAGUAAGAAACUUUCUUUGACGAUACGGACUUGAAGAGCUUCUUAAACCUUGUGUGCUGGAUUUUUUUCCUCCUCUUUUCUGUCACUUCAUUCACUGUUGCACUUGAAGACGACAGUUUUAAAGUUUCUAUCAGAAGAAAAGAUUGUGUAAGAAAAAAAAUUACUUGAAAAGGAACACGGAGAUAUUUUGGCCUCACCAAUCAGAACUCCAGUAUUAACAGGAAAGGAAAAGUUUGGGAGACGAAGAAAUCGUUUUACUUCCCCUCCACAAUUUUUUUUAUUAUUACAGAUCGUGAGAGUGCACUGACGCUACCCGCUAUGAGAUCAGAAGUGACCUUAGAUGGGUCACGUGAAACUUGUUCAGAUGUGAGGAGCUGAGUUGGUGACAUGGAGAUACCCGUGCAAGAAGGACCUGUGUAUGUGUGACAUUGACAGUGACAGGUUUUAUGGUCAGUGAAAACAGUGUACAUACAGUGUAAUAAGUGUCCCCUUUCCCCCUCCCUUAACUGGAGAGUUGAGGUGUCAGGUUUUCCCUCCACUACCUCCAGUCUACACCGCGAGGUAGAGAAGCUGUACUGUCGGCGUGGAGCAGCGGAAGAACCCUCGAGUGUCUGUAAGUUAAUCGGGUGUGAUCGUUUGACCCCUGUCGUCACGUGCCAGCCCACCCACCAUCGCCAUGAAAUCGACAUCUGUGUGUCAACACUUCGGUGCCGACGAUGCUAGUAACUGCUGGUGCUGCAGUCGUCGUGGCUGCCGGUGGCGUGGUCGUUCGAGCAGGACUUUGGAAACUCCGGCGGCGGUGGUGCCUGGCGCCUGGGUGGUGGCAGCGCUGGUGUUGGUGUCCGUGGUCGCGGCUGUUAGCGGUGCUGACCAGCCCCGUCGAUGCCAGGAGAUUACUAUCCCUAUGUGCAAGGGUAUUGGGUACAACUACACCUACAUGCCCAACCAGUUCAACCACGAGACGCAGGAGGAGGCCGGAUUGGAGGUGCACCAGUUCUGGCCGCUGGUGGAGAUUCACUGCUCGCCGGACCUCAAGUUUUUCUUGUGUAGCAUGUACUCGCCCAUUUGCAUGAGCAACUACCGCAAGCCCUUGCCUGCUUGCAGGUCCGUCUGCGAGCGUGCCAAAGCAGGAUGCGCUCCACUCAUGCGUCAGUACGGUUUUGGCUGGCCUGAACAAAUGGACUGCGAAAAGCUGCCCAAGUAUGGAGAUAAAGACCAGCUGUGCAUGGACGCCAACACCACGGACCGCCAGACGCCCCCACCCCACACCAAGUACACCUACCCUACAGCCCGCCCAUCAGGCGUCGACUUCCAGCGACCGCUGGACCACGGGGCCCUGCCUCUCCCUCCGGAUCAGGCACCGGCUCGCUCCACGGAGCGUGACUGUCGCUGCCAGUGUCGGGCGCCGCUGGUGGAGGUCCAUAAGGAUUCCAGCAGCUACUACAACAAGACAGUCACCGGCGGCAUCAUCAACUGUGCCGUCAACUGUUACAGCCCGUACUUCAGCGAAGACGAGCGUACCUUCGCUACCUUCUGGAUCGGCCUGUGGUCCAUCCUGUGCUGCAUCUCAACCUCCAUGACGGUGUCCACGUUCUUCGUGGAUAUGCAGCGCUUCAAAUACCCUGAGCGGCCCAUCAUCUUCCUGUCCGCCUGCUAUUUCAUGGUCUCCAUCGGCUACAUCAUCCGCCUUAUCGUUGGUCACCAAGAAGUGGCCUGCGACGGCGACAUGGUGCGGUAUGAGACGACAGGCCCGGCCGUCUGCACCGUCGUCUUUCUGCUCAUCUACUUUUUCGGCAUGGCUUCGUCCAUCUGGUGGGUCAUUUUGUCCUUCACCUGGUUCCUAGCUGCCGGACUGAAGUGGGGUCAAGAGGCCAUCGCCUCGUACUCGCAGUACUUUCACCUGGUGGCCUGGCUCAUCCCCUCCGUCAAGUCCAUCGCCGUGCUAGCCAUGUCCUCCGUGGACGGUGACCCCAUAGCUGGCAUCUGCUUCGUCGGCAACCAGAGCCUGGAGAACCUUCGCGGCUUCGUGCUGGCCCCUCUCUUCAUCUACCUCAUCAUCGGCACAUCCUUCCUGCUGGCCGGUUUCGUCUCGCUCUUCCGCAUCCGCAGCGUCAUCAAGCAGCAGGGCCGCGGCAAGACGGACAAGCUUGAGCGCCUGAUGAUCCGCAUCGGUGUCUUCUCCGUGCUGUACACUGUGCCGGCCACCAUCGUCAUCGCCUGCUACUUCUACGAACAGCACCUGCGCGAGAGGUGGGAGAGGACUCGCACGUGCCCGUGCCAGGAGGGCGGAGCCGCGCCGGACUACUCCGUGUUCAUGCUCAAGUACUUCAUGUGCCUCGUCGUGGGCAUCACAUCAGGCUUCUGGAUAUGGACUGGCAAGACGGUUGACUCGUGGCGCAAACUCUUCUACGGCAAGCUGUGCCACACCCACUCGUACUCCCACCCCAACCGCGGCAUGACCAAGACUUACGCCAAUGCCACAUACCAGCCGGCCAAGCCACAACCGCUCAGUCACGUGUAAGACAAACCGGAAAUGGUAAUAGAGACGGGGGAGGGAAGUGUCCACCCUCUUCUCUUCUUGUCUUUGGUGUCAGAUCAUGAUGCAGGCGAUAGCAGCAGGGAAGUGGCAGGAAGGACUGUCCACGUACGAACUGACCCUCGACAGCACACCAACGAAUAAAGCUUCUGCUUCUUCUUAGUGUGACAACGAUGACUUGGAUAUCAUUCUGUUGGUGUGUCGCUUGUUGACGAUGCUAAGCUAGCCUGACUUGUAGGAACUAUGUCACGAGCUCAGUUUCGAAACUUUAUCCGACAUCUGUCAUGCAUCAUGACCAGUCAACCAGAUAUGAUAGCUCUCUGUGAAUGGAUUGUACUCGACAGGUGACGCUUUAGUGAUUCCUGAAGCACUGUGUUAUGAGGAACACCUCGAUUGAGUCUUUUACUACUCAGUCUGUGCGUGCAUGAGUGAAUGCAUGUGUGUGUGAGAGUGUGUUUUGAGUCAUCUUGCAUCACCAGAAUAAGUUUCAAAGAAUUAUGUUGGCAAAAUUUGAAAAUGAAUGCAGACGUUUUCGCCAACUAUUUGCCGCCUGGAGAAAUGACUGCAAUCAAAGAAAUUAAUUUUUGGUAAUUUUUAAUGUCAGCUGGUGCGUACGGCGAUGCUAGUCGAACUCUGACGGCGAAUGUUCACUCUCUGCAGCAAGUGUUAUUCUAGAGCGUGUCAGCACGUUCGUCAGUGGAGUUAUCUUCUUGUCAUCGACUCCGCGAAGCGUGUGACAAGCCGAGGAAUAUUGACAAACUGCGGACCUACCCUGUUUGGUUUUUUAAAAAAUUUGUUUUGCUUUUUUUAAACGGGGAACUAACCAUGGAGUACGCCAGAUGUGAUGUAUAUUUCUGUGCUAUAAUAUUCAGUAAUAACCAAGGUUCGUUUUUGUUUCAAGGCAAGGCUUUUUUUCAUUUUUAACUCGUCUGUUUUUUAAAAGCCAAGCCAACGUACUUAACACUGCUGGCACAGGUAGAUGGUGGUGCCCUUCUCAUUUCCGAUGUAGUCUGGAGCAUUAAGAAAAAAAAAAAAAAUCAGACGAUGCUGUCGACUGUGUUUUUGACUCAACCUUUCAACUCAGCCAUGUGCAUUAAAGGAUGCGUGCGACACUCCAUGAACUUCGCUCAUCCCACGGUGCUCUCGUGUCUACAUACCUGUGAUCACCCUCCAGGUGCUUUUCAUGACUUAGUAACAAAAUCACAGGUGUGCUUGGGGUGGACUCUCUUGCUUGCUCCCUCUUCCAGCCGCACGCUCAAUAUCUUCAUCUAAUCGAGCAUUGUAGUGAAAAGAAUAAAAAAGAAUGAGAGAAUGAAGACACUAACUCUAACUGGUCAUCAGUGGUGACAUUAGCAAGCAUGAGGUAGACUCCUGAAAGUUGGAGAAGUAUUUGUGCUCGUUUGAAAAAUAAACAUGAACCGAUGGUGGUGCCAUUUUGUGAAUUGCGGUUGAGAGGAUUUCUCUGGGAACUAACGAAACAACUGUAGACUUAAACUGCGCACCAGAGGUGGGAAUGAGGAAGACAGGAAGGAAGCAGCCAGCAAGUGCCAAGUGUCCCUGACUUUUAUGUGAACGAGGCUUGGUUGUCACAGCUCGGAGGCUGUGGGGAUGUGGGGGAGCUUAUGCCAUACGUUUGAAGUAUUGUAUUACAUGCGCGCGCGUGCGUUGGUGUGUGUGAAAGAGUGAGUGCGUGUUUAUCUAAAGAACAAAUCCGAUGUUGUACAAUUGGAGAGAACAUGCGUGCUGCAGCAUGCCAAAGCUACACUGGAAAUACAAGACACGGCAUAAUCAACGAAGUGAUGUAGUGACUGUGAACGUUCGUUAACUAAUAAACUCCACCACCCUCCUUCCCAUCUCCAUCCCUCUCACCAACAUUCAGCUCUGAGACAGAAACUCUGACCUGUAAAUAGCGAGGGGAAACAACCCCAGCCAUACAGAAUGUUGUUGUGCGUUAGUCACACGUUUCUCCACCAUUUUGCAUUUGUCUGGGCCCUUUCCUCCCCGUGGGUAUCGAUUCACACUGCUACUGCCAGGAAUGAUACAGUGUAGACCUUUCAUAUACUUCGACUGAAGAGCUCCGGCAACUCUGUGGCGCUUACCUCCCCUGUACAAUUUAGUCAAAAAUGAAAAGGCGCAUUUUUUUUUUCCUCUUUCUUUCCUUCUUUCUUUCCACAACGUGUAAUGGCGUAACUGUUAGUGUGGUCCCGAAAGGGGGGUAAGAGUGGGUAGAGGACUGGGAGGAAAAAGAAAAACACCCGAGGAUUUAGGUCAAGCGUGUGGGGCGUUUAGGUCUCCAGUUGUGUCUAUUUGUGUACUCUACCGCCCGUCCUGUAUGAACGCAUUUACAGAGUGAGCAGAAAACAUGGCCACGCUAUUUUGUCCCUGCUGCUUCAAGCGCCCAUCGAUUCAUUGUCCCCGUGCCCAGGGGCUACGUUCUUGGGCGAGAGAAGCCCUUUUCAGCAGGCGCACAAAGGCGCGCGCUUGACUAUCGGCAAAGCUCCACAACGAUUUCGCUGGCGCUCCGGAGUCUUGGGGCGAGUCUCAUUAGUCCAAAUGAUGCACGGGCUUGGCCCCCAUCAUCCUCCAUGCUUGGCAGGUACACGUGCUCGGAACCUUCCAUGCGUUCAGUCUAUGUGUUGCCCCUAAUAUUCCUUUUGCAAUAAUUUACUAGGGGAGGGGAGAGAGAGAGACAAAAAUUUUCGGGAAAGAGUUCAUACUAAUAUUUCCUAUCGGUUAGGAUAUAAAUAUUUUUCUUAGACGGGUAUAAGACAUGUUAUCUAACAUUAGUAGGUUCCCUUUUGCUCACAUACCCUUACAGUCUUUUUUUAAAAAAAAUUGGAGCAGGAGGUGUUUGACGUGUCAAUAGAAGAUUAAACAGCAGCUGCGACCGAGUGCUCUCGCGGGGCACGUUUGUGUUGGGUGUAGUGUCGACCGCAGAGAACAUCGUCCGUUGGCCGUCAAACAAGCCGCUACUCCACCCAACAGCAUGUCGGACAACACGGGGGCAUCUCGAGGGAGAGCUCAUCGUUACGGAGCGAGGUGUCGGGAGGGAGGAGUAGCGGGAGGGAGGAGUAGCGGGAGGGAAAGGUUAGUUUCCGUGCCGCCGAAAGGUUUCUGCUUGUGUCGGGUGGGUGAGCGCAGUGCGGACUCCGGGUGUGACACACCAUAGAAAAUCAUGGACUAACGUGCUAAAGGGGUGGUGAGGAGAAGAGGUAGGAGCAGAAUAUCGGGGUGUAGCAUGUCUACAAGAUGGAUACCUGCUGAACAUAAAUCUUUCUCAUUUAAAGAUUUUUUAAAUACUUUAAAUAGCGUUUAGUGUAUUGUUAUCAGACUGCUGACAUUACAAUGUUCGUUAUAAACGUGAGACUAAAAUAUUUCAUUGUACAGUCUGGAAAUAAAAAUUAUCAUUGUUAAGGAAACAGCCUGGUACAGACCGUUACUGUUAAUGAGAAAUCGUCAUCAUUCGUUCCUCGUCAUCAGCGAUGACUUUCCUGAGAAGCGUGGCACAAACGAUGAUUCAUCUCUCUACAUUCGGCUGUCGCGAAAAAAAAAAUGUAGAAAUUAGGUUUUCGUUCUCGCAUGGUUUCAAAAAAAUAAUUUACUUUUUAAAUUAUGUUAUAAAAAGGGCAGUCUGAGAAUUUUCAUCUUAUUUUUUGUUAUAAUUUUGUAAUUAUUGUAGCCUCUAUUGCCAAUGUUUUACAGAAAGUUUUAUUUGAGAUGGUUUUAAAAAAUGUAAAACGCUUUAUUUUUAAGUAGUGACAUUUAUGUAUCCAUUUUAAACUUCGUUUAAAGUGCUUUUGGUAAUUACCAGUGUUGACCAUAAGUAAGCUUGUUGCAGGAAAGAGAUAAGAGACACUUUUAUUUAUUUCAACACCAUCCUUACCUCACUCCCACCCCCACCUCCAGUACACACAGUUAGUCCAUCCUGCACGUGUACAGAUUCUGCCAGAGUUCUCCAGUUUUUCGAAGUCUUUUUUUUUUUUUUAUUUCACACUCCCACCCAUCUCCACCCUCUGUAUCUCCCUCUGUCUGUCCGCUGAUGUGUGACAUGUUCAGUUCUGCGUAACGAGCGCAUGUUGACAGAGCUCAAGGCGUUUACCGAAUUUCUGGCACCACAAUGACAGUUGUGCUUAACGUAUUCAAUGCAUGGAUCGAAGCAAGGGGGGAGAGGGCGAUGACCAGCUGUGCUGAACUGUGAACUGAACUGAACUGAACAUGACGGCUUUGAGUUGAACGAGUCGUUUUUGCAAUAAAGCAUGUUCACUUCAUAAAA